UAUUAUAAGCAUACGAAAACGGAGAGUCUAAAAACAUUUUUGGAAAUGAAUAACGAGCGGCGUCGCUCCUCUGCGGCAACAGAAUUCCUGGAGGUUGUGGUGCGGCCCAAGAAAUAUUAUAAAGUAAAGCAUCCUCAAGAGCAGUCCGAUCGUGGCAAAAUUAUCGUUAGUUCUGGCGAGAGGUGGCGCAUACUCAAAAAUGUGGCCAUCAUCUCCGUGGCCAUGAUGACGCAGUACGUGGCCUAUCAGGGCACCCUGAACCUGCAGUCCUCGCUGAAUGCGAAAGAUGGUCUGGGCACCAUUGCACUCUCCUGCAUCUACCUCUCGAUGGGCGUCUCCUGCCUGAUCCUGCCCACCAUCAUGAUACGCAUGCUGACCUGCAAGUGGACAUUGGUCAUUGGCAUGGCCGCCUUCAUACCCUACAUAGCCCUGCAGCUGUACUCGCGCUUCUACACACUCAUUCCGGCGGGCAUUCUGCUGGGCGUGGCUGCUGCCCCCAUGUGGGCCGCCCAUGCCACGUAUCUCACGCAGAUCAGUCAGAUUUAUGCGAUUAUAACCUCAUCGGAGAUGGAUGCCGUGAUCACGCUGUUCUUUGGGAUCUUCUUCUUUGCCUGGCAGAAUGCGGACACCAUUGGCAAUCUGAUGUCCAGUUUGGCACUGCAGGCGCCCGAGGAGCAACCAGGAAAACCAAGAAACAUCUAG